AUGGCGGGAACAGCCCCGAAACAACACAUAUCGACCUCUUCACUAAGCAUGUCGACAACACACAUAGUGAGCCUGCUACCAAAUGGCAUUCAACAUAUUCGAUUCUUCCCAACCUCCUACCUCCCUACCAGACCCUACGAAUCGACAAAUGAGUUGAAGCAAAGGAGAUGGAACGGAGGAUGGAUUUUUGAUGGCAAGAGCAUGGGAGACACAGGGCAAAUCUACAGUGAAGCUCCCAGGCCAGGCUGCCAAAAGGUGUUGGAGGUGAAUACAUACGUUGGGUUUUCUUCAAUUCUAUCGAAGGACUAUAGCAAGAAGACUAGGCAAGAAGAAGAACUCGGAGAAUCUUGCUGGCACGCAGGCAAGAUGUGGCUACAUCUCCAGGAUCUCUGA